AUGGCUAACGAGUAUGGACCUCUCUCCAUCAUCAUCUAUGCCACGUCAGCCGUCGCAUCCGCCACGUCACCUCUCCGCCAGUUCAUCUGGUCGGCGGUGCGGCUUCAGCUUUUCCUCGCCUCCACAUGCCUUUCCGCAAUCUGCGCGCUUCCCCUGCUCCCGUUCCGCCUGCUCUCCGCCACCCUCCGCGAGAACAAGGUGCGCGCAAGGGGGCGUACCGGAUGGCAAAGGCAGUUCGGGUUCCGCGCCCAGCAAAACGCGCGCAGUAAGGCGGCGGAGCUCGCGGGUUCGUUUUUUCGCAGAUCCGCCUUCACCUCACUGCACCUUGCCUCUCGCUUCCGCGCCUCGCCAUCGCUUUCUUUCCCGUCGCUCUCCGCGUGCAGCCAGCCCGGUCUGCCGCCCGCCGCAUGGGCAAAUCGUGGUCGUCACAACCCCUUCACCACCUCGCCUCGCCUUCCUGAUCUCCCCGUCUCCGCGCCUUCCCCUCACCCCAUCCCCUCCACUGGAACCCCCAUCUCGCUUCGCCUCUUCUCCAUCCGCCCCCCUCGCCAAGACGCCUCAAGGAGUGCCUCCAGCGCGCCGUGCAAGAGGUGCGCGAGGGGGUGGGGAAGGGGAGGGGGAUGGGUGAGUGGUGCAGGGGGUUUGGGGAAGGUGGUGUCGCUGGGGGCUGAGUUGAGGAGUGGUGCUCCGCGCAGGAAUGAGAGGAUGGGGAGUGGGGGAGGGGAGGGGGUGGGGGUGGGGUGGACGGGGGGGACGGGGGGAAAUGGGCGGGAGUGGGGGAAAUGGGGGGAAAAGGGGGGUUUGGAUACGGCGUUGGUCUUGCUCACCGCCUCAUCCGUCGUCUCUAUCUCAUCUACAUGUCUUUGUUUAUUCGUCCCUCUCGCCUCUCACUAUGCCCCAUUGCUCCCUGCCCCUUCGUCUUUUCUCUUCAUGUCCCACGCUCGUCCCAACCACCCGCACCGCCCCAUCCGCCCCAUCCACCUCAUCCGCUUGGCACAUCAGCUGGACAAGGAGGCGGCGGCGCGGCAGGAGGCGGAGAGGGGGCUGGCGAGGGAGCGCCGCCGCGGUGCGCGCCUGCAGGCUGGCCUGCACGCCUCAACCUCGCGCUGCUCGCAGCUGCAGGCUGACCUGGCGGCUGCCAGCCUGGCACUCGGGCGUCUGAGGGAAGAGCUGGCGGCGGCGACUCAGCGGCUAACGGCGUGCCAGGUGGCAGCGGAGGAGGCAGCAGCCAUGGAGGAGAGGCGAGGGGGGGCGAGUGGGGGGGAGGCGGUGUGGGGUGGCGGGGGGGGCGAUGAGCAGGAUGCGAGCAGGGGCAGGGAGGGGAGAGGGCAGAGGGGAAGGCGUGGGCGUGGGGGUCAAGUGGGGGGGACGACGAGGGUGUUUCAGGGGCGGGGAGAGGAGGCGUGGCAGGGUGAGGAGGGUGAGGGGAGUGAGGGAACUACAUCUGCAUGCACCACCGCCUCCUCCGGUUCUCACGCCCCCACUGCCACGCCACCCCCCUCACAUCGCUCCUCCUCGCCUGCUCUCCCCCCAUCACAACACCCCCAGCCCCACGCGCUGGCCCUCGCCAUGGAGCCCCUGUUGUGGCGGGCAGCCCUCAAGUCCACUGCGGCUGCACUGCUGCUCGCCACGCUGCUGGCGCUGCUCGCCUGCAUGCAGCCGCAUUGCUGCCCACCCGCCCUCCUCACGCUGCUCGCCCUCACUGCCCUCGCUGUGCUGCUCUCUGCGCUCGCCCUCGCCCUCGCCAUGCCCGCCCGCCGCCCCCCUGCCUCGCCCGCUCUCUCCCCCGCCUCCUACCACGCUCGCAUGGUGGCAGCAGCAGCGGCAGCAGCGGUGCCGCUCCUCUGCGCCUGCUGGUUCACCCUCGGCCUCCUCCUGCACUCCAUGCCCGCCUGGCCUGCUGUCUCAAAGGCACUCUACUCGCAUGCCCCCGCCUCGCUGGAACGCGCUGUCUCAAGUUUCUGGUUUUUUCCCUGCAGUGCUGCUCGCCUAUAA